AUGAAUUCAAGUGGUGAUGAGAAGAAUAUGUUGGGGAAUGGAGUUGUAGGGAUUCUAACUGAAACAGUGAACAAAUGGGAAAGAAGAACGCCGUUGACACCGUCUCAUUGCGCUAGACUUUUACACGGUGGCAAAGACAGAACAGGAGUGUCUCGCAUUGUGGUUCAGCCAUCUGCAAAGCGUAUUUAUCAUGAUGGCUUGUAUGAAGAUGUUGGUUGUGAAAUCUCUGAUGAUUUAUCUGAUUGUGGGCUUAUAAUCGGAAUCAAACAACCCAAGCUAGAAAUGAUUCUUCCAGAGAGAGCAUAUGCUUUCUUUUCUCACACUCACAAGGCACAAAAACAAAACAUGCCUUUGCUAGAUAAAAUAUUGUCUGAGAGAGUGACGUUGUAUGAUUAUGAGCUUAUUGUUGGAGAUCAUGAAAGGAGAUUACUGGCAUUUGGUAAAUAUGCAGGCAGAGCUGGUCUUGUUGACUUCUUACAUGGACUAGGACAGAGAUAUCUAAGUUUAGGAUACUCAACACCUUUCCUCUCGCUAGGUUCAUCCUAUAUGUAUCCCUCAUUGGCUGCAGCAAAAUCUGCUGUGGUUUCUGUUGGUGAAGAGAUUGCAAGUCAGGGACUACCAUUGGGACUCUGCCCUCUUGUGUUUGUCUUCACCGGUACAGGCAAUGCUUCUCUUGGGGCGCAAGAAAUCUUCAAGCUUCUUCCUCACACCUUUGUUGAACCGAGCCAGCUUCCUGAACUAUUUGUAAAAGACAAAGGAAUUAGUCAAAAUGGAAAAUCUACAAAGCGAGUCCAUCAAGUAUAUGGUUGUAUCGUUACCAGCCAAGACAUGGUUGAACACCAAGAUCCAUCAAAGUCGUUUGAGAAAGCUGACUAUUAUGCACACCCAGAACACUACAAGUCAGUUUUCCACAAAAAGAUCGCUCCCUAUACAUCAUUUCUUGUAAACUGUAUGUACUGGGAGAAGAGGUUUCCUCGUCUUCUCAGCACUAAACAGCUUCAAGAUUUAACGGCAAAAGGAUGUCCACUAACGGGCAUAUGUGAUAUAACUUGUGACAUUGGUGGCUCUAUUGAGUUUGUGAACCGAGCUACUACAAUCGACUCCCCUUUCUUUAGGUUUAAUCAUGUGAACAAUUCAUACUACAAUAAUAUGGAUGGCGAUGGUGUAAUAUGCAUGGCUGUAGACAUUCUACCUACAGAGUUCGCUAAAGAGGCAUCCCAGCAUUUUGGAGACAUUCUCUCAGAGUUUGUCGGUAGUUUGGCUUCAAUGACUGAACUUACAGAUCUACCAGGACAUCUGAAGAGGGCUUGCAUAAGCUAUAGAGGAGAGUUGACAUCUUUGUAUGAGUAUAUUCCACAUAUGAGGAAGUCUCAUCCAGAAGAUGUGCAAGAUAACAUCGCCAACGGGGUUUCCAACCAGAGAACAUACAAAUCAUUAACUCAGUUAGCUAACCCAGAUCAAGAAGACUACUUAUCUCCAGACAGAGAAACAAAUAAGAUUUCACUGAAGAUUGGAAAAGUCCAACAAGAAAACAAGGUGAAAGAGAAGCAUGAAGAAAUGACCAAGAACUCAGAACUGUUGAUUCUUGACGCCGGACGUGAGUGUCGCCCCGCCUGUUGA